UUCACAUCUAAACCAACUUUCCAGCUGACCGAGAGUGCUGAUGAUGAAUCAUUGACCAGUGCUUCACUUGAUUCAAAGAUCUGACUGGAGACUUUCAUUGAACACAUUGGCAAAGCCCUCCAGUCUACAACUGCUGCUGAUCCUUUUCGCUCCAUGGUCACAACAUCAAAUCCCUCUCCAGCAAGAUUGUACCCUGGAACAAAGGGAGCAUCCUCACACUCUUUUGAUGCACCUGUGUCGUCCUCUCCAGAAAUGGUUAUGAGAAGCAAUGCCCAGAAAACAACAAGGUGGAGUGUGCCUUUCCUCUGAUACCUGGCAAUAGAAUGAGCUGGGGGUGUGGUUGCUAUUCCCUCCUUAGAUCCCUGACAGCCCUGCUGAAAAAUCCAGCAUUGCUGAUCACCAGCAUAAGAAGAACCAACAAGAUCAUCUCUGACUCCCGGCACCUUCAUCUCCUGCAGCCAUUUCACUGCCCCCUCCGGACAGGGUUCAUUGAGGUCAUGAGAGAUCCUCCGGCGCAGACCUAAUGUUGAUGCCCGAGUCCGCCACAGAGCCUGAGUCCGCCACAGAGCCAGAGCCCAACUGCCAAUGCCUGCCACGAAUCACAUGUUAGAGCCCCACUCCAACCAUGAAGCCACAGCCAGUCAAUGCUUUCAUCCCGGAGUUAGAGUCGGAAGCCAUCUCCAUCCCGAGGCUGGAGCCCACAACCAGAUCCAUCUCAGAGUCUGCGCCGUGGGGUCAUUUCACUCCUGAGCAAGUUGAAGAGCAGUGGCUUAUUAAUUAGCCAGCUCCCACCAUUGUCUCCACCCCUGAACUCACUCCAAGUAACACAUUAGAUGAUCUGAAUUAGUACUUUGCAGCUCCUCAGAUCCCCCCUUACCUCUGACUCCCUCCAGCUCUCCAGAUUUGCCUCGGGCCUUAGGCUUUGUGAGGCGGAUCCCCUGGCUAUACCUCAGGCCUCCAGGCCUGUCUCCACCUUGACCAGUCAUCCCUUAGGCUCGGCCUUGGCUCUGCACUCCCUCGUCCCUGCCGUGGUCCACCAUAAUUCGGCUUCAUCAGGUUCCCUCAUCCUUCCAGCUACACCUUGGUCACUAGUCGUCCUGGUUUCACUGUGUACUUCUGGUCCACUUAUAUUGCAUUCAAGAAAUACAAUUGAUCACUUAAUGCAUUCUGGGAAUUAAACCCAUGAAUUUUUUGUUACUGCUACCACUUUCGACAGGAACACAACAGGAAGUCGCCCUCAUGUUUUCUCACAUGACUUUAUACCAAAGUAGAUAUUUUGUAGAAUGUCUUAGUAUUUUAUUUAUUUAUUUAUUUGUACAUACAAUACACUCAGGUGAUAUCCAUUAUUAUUCAACAGCAAACGAUGGUCUGUAUAAUCAGGAUGCAGAGCUUUCCCCAUUUUGGAAAAUGAAAGGUUAUGAAUAAAUGCAUGUAUUGCACUGGAAACGCAAUAAUUUAUAUUUUGAUAUAUUUGACCAAAAUCAAUGAUUAUUGUUCAAUCAGAAUAGUGGUUUUGGAACAAUGUACUACUGUAUAAUGUAGGGUAAGUGUUUAUUCAAAUAGGCUAUGAUCAGAUAAACUUUCACAGACAAAAAGCUAAUUCUGUGGGGUUGUUUUGACAGAAUAUGUGGUAAAGAAAAAAAAAGUGUUGUGUUUACUCCUAAUGUGAAAAUUUGCUGUGGUGUAUUUGUUCAGCACAGUACUGAAUUAAGAAAUCAUUGGUCUGUUCGCUUCUGGAAACUGGCAAUAAUUACUUGGGCCCCCUAUAUUUGUCACGAUCACUGUCUGUUCCUGUCAGUUCCUGGACUCCAUUUCCCAUAAUCCUCCUUGCCAAUCACAUGCACACUCCACACCAAUCACCAGUUGCCACAUACAGCUUAGCACACUACCUGGACUAUAAAGGACUUACACACACACCACCUCAUUGCGAAGUCUUGAUUUGCUGUUGUGAUCAUUGUGAUCGCUUGCAAAUGGAUCCCCGCUCUGCCGACCCUCCAUUACAGAAGACUUCGCCAACACAAGAUCCAGCAGCUACCGUGAGUGUUCCUGUCUCAGCUAACAUGAGUCCAUCCGUCCAGUUAAUGUGUCUCCGUCAAGGAGACAGAACGGUAGAGGACUAUGUCAAGGACUUUAUUGAACUGGCACACUUAACCACCUUUGACACUGUAUGCCUCAUGAUAUUCUUUCGCGGGGGACUGUCUGAUCCGCUCCGUUCCAUCAUGCCAUUGCAUGACCCUGAUGGGACGCUAGAACAAUAUAUAGAUCUGGCAUUACAGAUGAGUGGCUCUAGCUUUCCCCUCAUGUAAUAGCUGCCUCUACGGAGAGCAUUCAUAAAAUGGCGGCCACAACAUCAUCACAUCAUGUCUCCGCUGAUCUUCCGGAGCCAAGUCAAAUCUCCGUUGACCGUCUAGAAUCACGUCACGUCUCUGGAUCUGUCCGGAAGCGGAGAGGGUUGCGUUCCAGUUUGGCUGAUCCACCGCUGACUUCAGCACGAGCGGCUGGCAUUCCUAAACCUCCGCCGGCCGCCUCGCACUCAAGCCCGCCGGUUGCAACGCACUCAAAGCCGCCGGUUGCUACGCACGCAGGCUCGCCGGUUGCUACGCACUCAGGCUCGCCGGUUGCUACGCACUCAAGCUCGCCGGUUGCGACGCUUUCAAGCUCGCCGGUUGCUACGCACUCAAGCUCGCCGGUUGCGACGCCCUCAAGCUCGCCGGUUGCGACGCCCUCAAGCUCGCCGGUUGCGACGCACUCAAGCUCGCCGGUUGCGACGCACUCAAGCUCGCCGGUUGCUACGCAUUCAAACUCUCGGGAUGCUAUGGACAAGAUGGCCGCUUUGCCAGUGCCCACGGGCAAGAUGGCCGCCCCGCCAGUGUCUGGGAACAUAGGGGUCGUCCCAGCCAGUGAGUCCGCUCCACCCCGUGAGCCCGCUGCAGCGCCCACCGAGGAGGUAGGCACAGAGCCACCGCCUCAACUAUGCAAACGGAGGAGGAGGAGGAAGAAGGCUUCCUCCAGCCCUCAAGGCCCGGAGGCCUUCCCAGAGCCCGCUGCAGGCCCGGAGGCCGUCCCAGAGCAGCCCGCUGCCGUCCCAGAGCAGCCCGCUGCCGUCCCAGAGCAAUCCGCUCUUCCUGAUACGGCCAUGGAGGCCGGCGCCGAGCUCCUCGCCCUGCCGGCGCCACCCGAGCUCCUUACCCACGAAACCGCCACGGCCUCCGUUGAAUUCCCCAAGAACUUUUUUGGGGGGGGCCAUAUACCUGAGGGUGGGGAGCUUGUGGGUGGGGACCCUGCACGGCCGCGAUCAUCAGCGGCCUCCGAAUUGCUUGAGCUUGCGGGUGGGGACCUUACACGCCCACGGCCUUCAACCGCCUGUGAACUGCUGUGGCCAGCUACGGACCCUGACCUGCCGUGGUCGCCCAAGCCACCUGACCUGCCGUGGUCGCCCAAGCCACCUGACCUGCCGUGGUUGCCCAAGCCACCUGACCCGCCGUGGGCGCCCAAGCUACCUGACCCGCCGUGGCCUCCCGACACUCCUGACCCGCCGUGGCUGCCCGUGGCACCUGACCCGCCGUGGCUGCCCGUGGCACCUGACCCGCCGUGGCUGCCCGAGUUCCUGGACCUGCAUUGGAGACCCCGUUCCCGUCUGCCAACAGGUCUCCAAUGUACCCACCCCCCCUCCCUAUCUGUGCCAUUUACGCCGCGAGGACGCGCCUUCUGGAAUUGGGGCGUUAUGUCACGAUCACUGUCUGUUCCUGUCAGUUCCUGGACUCCAUUUCCCAUAAUCCUCCUUGCCAAUCACAUGCACACUCCACACCAAUCACCAGUUGCCACAUACAGCUUAGCACACUACCUGGACUAUAAAGGACUUACACACACACCACCUCAUUGCGAAGUCUUGAUUUGCUGUUGUGAUCAUUACUGAGCGUUUUCUUGUGGACUGUUUCCUGGUUUCCGGUUGGAUUGUUAUUCUUUGUGAUUCUCUGCUGCCUGCCCUGAUCUUUGCCUGUUUCCUGGACUGUGAUUGUUUGCUGCCUGCCCUGAUCCUUGCCUGUACCCUGAUUCUGUUUGUCUGCCGCCUGCCUCGACCAUUGCCUGUCCCUGUUUAUGUUCCUGCCUUUGCCCCUGUCUACCUGUGUAAAUACUGUUCUUAAUAAAGCUUGCAAAUGGAUCCCCGCUCUGCCGACCCUCCAUUACAAUAUUUGACCAAAAUCAAUGAUUAUUGUUCAAUCAGAAGAGUGGUUGUUGCAAUGUACUACUGUAUUUCUAAUGUAGGGUGUUUACCUUAAAAAACACAUUAAUUUAAAAAUUAAAGAC